UCAUCUUUCCACAUUUAAUUAAUUUCCUUCCCUACUAUAUAUCCUAAUUCACCUCUCUCUGUUUUUUCAUCAAAGCCAAAGCCACGUACAUCUUCAAUAGAUAGAUAAGUAGUAGAUAAAUACUAACAAUUUUCUUUGUCAUGGGUUCUAUUGGAAUUCAAAGUUCAGAAACUGAAGUUGUUACCAUUGAUGUACUUGCAACCAAGUCUCUCAUCGAAACAACCCAUGUUUAUCUUGAUGUUAGAACGGUGGAAGAGUUUCAAAAAGGGCACGUGGAUGCAGAGAAGGUCAUUAACAUUGCAUACAUGUUUAAUACAGAAGAGGGGAGGGUGAAGAACCCAGAGUUUCUGAAGGAGGUUUCAUCUCUCUGCAACAAAGAAGAUCACCUCAUCGUGGGUUGUCAAAGUGGGGUGAGGUCUCUGUAUGCAACUGCUGAUCUUUUGGCUGAAGGGUUUAAGGAUGUUUCCAACAUGGGAGGAGGUUAUUUGGAUUGGGUAAAAAAGGAAUUUCCAGUCAAGAUAGUAGAUGUCACUAAAUAGGAGCUUAAUUUGCUCAUUUAUAUUAUAUGAUCCUUAUAUGUAUUUAGAAUGGACCCUUACCACUUUCAGCUUGUUCGUUCUAUAAUUUUUAGAUGCUUAAGUGUAACCAUGUUGAAGGCAAGACAAACAAAUUUUUUUUUUUUUGAUAAGCAAGGCAAAGACAAACUAUAUGUUUUACGGUUGUAUCUACCUAAAUUAAUGCAAAAUAUUAUCUGGGUAAAGCUACUGUAUAAA